GUCUGGCUGGAGCUCACCAGGGAAGCAGAGUCUACCAUGAGCCAUCACAGCGGAAAAGUCUCUGGACUUUGGAAGAUUGUGGCCUGGGACGAGCCCACCUUCCAGGGUCGGAAGCAUGAGUUCACCUCUGAGUGCUACGACAUCACAUCGUGUGGCUUUGACAAUGUCUGCUCAGCCCGUGUUGAGAGCGGCACGUGGGUCGGCUUUGAGCACCCCGGUUUCCAGGGGCAGCAGUUUGUGCUGGAGCAAGGCGACUACCCAUGCUGGGAAGCCUGGAGUGGAAGCAACGCCUACCAUGCCCACCGGCUGAGCUCCUUCCGGCCCGUCUCCUGUGCGAAUCACCGGGAGAGCAAGAUGACCAUAUUUGAGCAGGAAAAUUUCAUGGGACGUAAAGGGGAGCUGAGUGAUGACUACCCAUCUCUCAAGGCGAUGGGUUGGGGCAGCAACGAAGUGGGGUCCCUCCGUGCAAGUUCUGGCGCAUGGGUAUGCUUCCAGUUCCCUGGGUACCGGGGCUUCCAGUACGUUGUGGAGAGCGAUUGCCAUGGGGGCGAAUACAAGCAUGUCCGGGAACUGGGGUCUCAUGCUCAGACCUCCCAGGUGCAAUCCAUUCGCCGAGUGCAGCACUGAACAAGCCCCAUGCAGCGCCUGCCACCUGCCUGGCCCCUGGGUGGGUCUGCCAAGCCAAGGGUUACUUCAUGUUGUGUUCCCCUUGCCAUGCGCUGACACAGUGGAAUCAUUAGCUGCCUGGCCACAGCAAGGAUUUCCUCUGAUGGGUGUGUAGUCAAGUGCAUUUGUUUAAACUCUUCUGAAUAUCUGGCUGUCACAAGCAGAGAGAAAAAGCCAAGGAUUUCUACCCAUCUAGUGUUGUAACCCAAGGUCUCAGAAGGCAUUGACUACUCCCACCUCCCCCAAACCCACCCACACCACAACUCCCAGGAGGCUGCAGUCUCCCUUUCAUGCCAAUGGUGUGGCAUCUUCCUUAGGGAGCACUUCUCCCUCCCUUCCCACCCCUAUUCUAUCACCAGGCCAGGGAAAGUUUCACAUAUAAGCCAGAGAGAUGCCAACCAGCAAUGGCUCUGAAGCAAUUAUAGGGCUGCUCCCUCAACUCAGACAACUGUCAAAUUUUUGCAAAGGGGUGGUAGAAGAUUUGUGCUGAUAAGAGUUUCACUCUUUGGGGCGGUGGGGGGUAGGAAAGGAGUGCUUGCGAGAAAUUUUGCACAGUGAAAUUGCUUGGUUCUUGCAUGAGCAGGAAAUGAGUGUUGGCUGAAACUGCUAAUAAAGCCACCAUAUUAACGAUUGU